AUGCGGAUUCCUGCUGGCGAGACGGUGUUUCCGGAAACCCUUGCCAAAACCAUGUUUGGCCGGAUUUCUGAGAGAGUACGUCAAUCUUCCAAACGUCUCUGUCUCGCCGGAGUCUUGGCGAGCGACGACGUUGGUUCCCACCAAUAUGCGGUAUGGACUCAAGAGACUUGUCAAGCUAUCGGGGUGGACUUUUGUCUCGUGCAGAUUUCGCCUUGGAAUGUGGCGACGUACAUCAAGGCGCUAAAUACGAACCCCUGCAUCCACGGCAUUAUUGUUUACUAUCCGAUAUUCGGAGAUGAGAGAGAUGAUGACAUCAAAACUCUCGUCAGCCAUACCAAAGACGUUGAAGGCCUUAAUCGAUGGCCUUUGCGCAAUUCUCCGGAAGUCACUGAAGCUCGUGGACAACCGUGCCUGGGGCCCACGCUAGUGCCUUGUACACCAAAGGCAGUGGAAGCUAUUUUACAGUGGCUGGCCAUCCAUGAUCCGAACCUCCCGACAAGGGAUCAGCUGAAUAAGUGGGAGAUCUGCAUCAUCAAUCGCUCCGAUGUCGUGGGAUUACCCCUCGCCCAAAUGCUAGCGGGACAGGGGGCGCGAGUCUAUAGCGUCGACGUCGCAGGGGUGCAGCUCUUUUACCGAGUCAAUCAUCCAUGGGGAAGCGGGCGCGUGGAAAGGAUGCAUUCCGACCUGACUUUACGAGAGGCUGUAAGAGCGUCUCGAGUGAUCAUCUCGGCCGUCCCGCAUCCCGCCUUCAAGGUAGAAACAAAAUGGCUACAAGUUGGCGCCAUCUGCGUCAAUGUUUCUUCAGCAAAGAAUUUUGAACCGGAUGUUCUCGACAUUGCAUCUAAAUUUGUGCCGCGAAUCGGGAAUGUAACGAUCGCCAGCCUACUGGAAAAUCUUCUCUUGUGUGCAAGACAGGGCUGA